AGGUCAGGAUUUAACGGGAACCAGAUUAGAUUUCCAGCUCUCCUCUCACAGCCAUGGCGGGUGUGACAUCCGCUGCUACUGCUACUACAUCUUCUCUCCACGCCAAUCCUCACACCCAGAUCCAUGCUAACCUACGCCAUCACUCCACCAUCAACUCUAAAUCCUCGUGGACCCCUUUUUCACAUUUCCGGCACAUUUAUAAGAACCCGACGGAAUCCAACAGAUCUUACGGAGUAGCAAAUGGCAAUGGAGUCUUAUCUGUUAGGGCUUACAUGGAAAAUAGAAACUCUGUGUCUAACUUCGCUAACAAGGUUGUUGGUGCUCUUCCUGUUAUUGGCCUCGUUGCGAGGAUUUUAAGCGAUGAAGGAGGCGUCGGGGGAGAUAUUAUCGAUUUCGCCGAAUUCCGACGGAGGGUGGGGAAGAAAUGUGGAAUAACGGAUUCAAGAGCUUUCUAUGACUUUCAAGAUCGGCGAGGCCGGGCAGGGGAUCCUUUGUACGUUCUAUUAUGCUGUUGGUUGGCUGCAGUAGGUGCAGGGUUGCUAAAAUCAGAGGAAAUUCUGCAGGGGGUUGCAAGGCUUCGCAUUUCGAAUGAUAUUGAAUUUGAAGAGGAAAACUUUCUUGCUAUUAUGAGAGAAGCAAAAGAGAAACGAGCAAAGCUGAAGGCUGGAGCUCCUGUUAUCCCUAUGGAGAUUCGAGUGGAAAAAGCUCUUGAAGCUAUUUAUGUCUGUUGCUUUGGUAGGGACCCCAUAGAAGAAGAAGAUGAGAGAUUACUUUCCAUCAUGCUAAAUGCAGUUUUCCCCUCUGUUGGGAAAUCUGAGAUAGAUAGGAUUGUCAAAGCUAAGGCAAAGAAAGUAGCUGAAGGUGGUGAAAAUGAAUAUUUUCCAGAGCCAAAGACAUUAUCAAAACAAGCUGUGGAACUACAAAUGAAGGACCUCCAAUUCUUGAAACAGAACAAGGACACUAGAAGUUGAUCCCUUUCUCUUUUUUGUAUCUUGUAAAGUAAACCACUUUUGGCUUGUUAAUCCCGAAAAAAAGUCAUACAAGUUGUUGGUAAUCUUCUUGUACCCAUUAAGUAGCAAUUAAUAGUAAAUCUCCUAUUAGUUGAACACCAUUCCAGGGUUUUUUUUUAGCUAAGGUAGAGUGUAUUAGUGUAAGUCCACUGCACUUUUUAUGUGCAAAUGGAUUGAGAGUGGCGAAAUGUAUCUGGAGCUUUGAUUCAAUGUACUACUGUAAUUCCCCCUUUGUCUCAACACCAAAAGUAAAGAGAAACACCAUUUCGAUUUUUCAA